AUGUUGGAAGCAGAAAAGAAAUCGCCUUUUAUUCCAGAGGAAUGGUCGGAUGCAGCAAGUUCUGUUUCCUGCAGUUCGUUGCAGCCGGUUGUAGCUUUGGUCUGUGGCCCUAAGCACAGUGGCAAGAGCACAUUUUCCCGUAACCUUGUUCAAGUUCUUCUCCAAAGAUACAAAAGGGUUGAUUAUUUGGACACGGAUGUAGUUGGCCAGCCUGAAUUCACUGCACCUGGUUUUCUUUCUCUCACAGUUGUCGAUAAAUCAAUUCUUGGUACCUCAUUCACAGUUCCAUGUGUAAAGACACCAGAGAGGUAAUUCUUCUAUGGUGAUGCAUCUUCAAAGAGGGAUCCAAAGGCGUAUUUACGGAGUGUAUAUACCUUAUUCGAUUACUACCAGCUACACUUGUCCAAGUCGAGCAAGAACAAAACCAAAUUACCUCUUGUCAUUAAUACACCAGGAUGGGUUAAAGGUAACUCUAUUGGCUAUGAUUUAUUGGUGGAGUUAUUGAGAUAUGUUUCUCCUUCCCACGUAGUAAAAAUCAACAUAUCUGCUCUCAGCAAGAACCUACCAGCUGGGUUGUUCUGGUUAAACGGUAAUGAUGAUGAGACAGCUCAGUUGAUAGAGAUUAAAUCUCCUGUACAAAAGCUAGUUCUUCGAACACUCUCAUCUGAUAUAUAUGUAUUCUUUUUGUACAGCGUUUUAAUACAAAAGGAUGCUCGUUUGAUGAGGGAUACGCGCAUAAUCGCCUACUUCAGGCAAUGCAUUAAAGGAAAAGAAGUAAACACGAUCAAGGAUUCUCAUAUUCCUUAUGAAGUUCCAGUAUCGAGUUUAACAAUCAAUCAUCUAGAUUGUCUGAUCCCAAGUUCUGAAGUGUUUUAUAGUUUAAAUGCAUUCAUUGUUUAGGUCUCGGUAAGUUGAUCUUAUCCAUAUAAUAUUGCAAUUAGUAGUAUAAAAAAAGACGUUAAUAAAGUUUUUUGUUUUUGUUUUUGUGUUUUUAAUUCCAUGGCAUCUCCGAGAACCUAUUUCAAGUCGGUUUUAAGAGCAACAGGGCUUGGGCUAUAAAAGGAAGACGCCUCCCAUACAAAAAGGAUCAUCCGAGAAAAUUAGAGAAUUAGAGAAUUAGAGAGAUUGAAGAAUAAGGGGGAGAAGUUGAGAUAGAAAGAGAGGGUUAUAAGCGAGCGUGAGAGAGAAAAGAGAGAGAGGAAACGGAAGAUUCAUAAGAUUCUUCGUGCGUUCCUCCCCCAAUAAGCAAGCGUGUUAUUGAGAUGAGGAUAUUUUCCUUAUUCUAAGAGAUUUAGUGUUAUCUAAUAUGUUAAUAUUCCUAGUC